AUGGAUUCUAACCAAGUUCGGAGACAAAAGCGAAGGGCUUCUGAGAGGUCGAAGGAUGUGAAGGAGAUGUGGGAAUUUCUUACGUCUGAUCAGAACAAUCAACAAACCCAUUCUGAUAAUGUUAAGCAAACAAAAUAUGAAGUCGAUGUCGAGAUUGAGGAGAUGUUCGAUAGGGUUAAGAGAAGGAAGAAGAUGGAGGAGAAAAGUCCUCGGGAAACAGCAUUGCUUGCUGAGAAAGUAAUGGCUAUGCUCGAGGUUGCUGCUGAAGAUGAUGCUGAACUUAUCCGACAGGAGAAACCUGCCAUAAACAAGAUACAAAUGCUGCCUCUUCUUCUCGACUUUCUAUCCAAGAGAAAACUUCAAGGAGAAUUCUUGGAUCAUGGAGUUUUAAGCCUGUUGAAGAAUUGGCUUGAACCUCUUCCUGAUGGAAGCUUACCCAAUGCGACACUUCGCGCUGCAAUUUUGAAUAUGCUGACUCAGGUGUUGCCUAUUGAUAUAGAGCGAGAAGAUCGAAGGGAACAACUGAAGAAGAGUGGACUUGGAAAAGUCAUUAUGUUUCUGUCAAAAUCAGAUGAGGAAAUCACUGCCAACAAAAGACUUGCAAAGGAUUUAAUUGAACAUUGGAGUCGAACUAUAUUCAGCAAGAGUGUACAGUUCUCGGACUUGAGAUAUAUAGAAGAAAAUAUGGCUGUUCCUUUCAGGAAGCCAUCUUUGAAAAAACCUGAGAAGCAACAAGCGCCAUUAACAAUGGAGCCAGUCAGGGUGGCUGAUUUUGAUUUGGAGUUGGAUUUGAGGAUUACCAAGGCCAGUGAUGAUAAAUCAUCUUCAAGCCAGCAGCGUGCUUCACGCCCAGAGGCAACUCCAUCUGUUUAUCUGGUGCGUCCUCAAUCUAAUUUCAAUCCGCACAUUGUUAAAAGUUAUCGCAGACAACAAGUGAAAGGAGACAGGCGUGCAAGGAUAGAGGAGAGGUUGAAGAGGUUGAAAAGAUCAAAUAAGAAGCCUUUGCAAACCGCAAAACUUGGUGCUCAGGGUCGUGGGAUCUUCACUUACCUCUGA